UCACUAACCUGAGAUGACUACUUUCGCCUGAUGUAAUUAUUGAGCAGUGCGCGUUUUACUGGUUGUGUGGGUAUUAUUAUCAUCUCCGUCCGUGCUCAAGCUGAAUCAUGGCAAUUUAAAUAUAGUUACACACAUCACAGGGGAUACAACAAUAAAUAUCCCGAGUUCUUCACUGUGUUCUCGACCAUGGAUGACCCAAGGCAUAAGACUUUUACCAUAGCCAGUCGAUUACACUGCAACGACAUCUCUUUCCUCACAUGCCGCGCGAAAAGCGGUGACCUUCUUUUCCUUUAACUGUACAGAAAUGCCACCGCUUGCCUUGGCAUACGCGAUUACUUCUUCUAACUCGCUUUUUAUGUCGUCUUUAGUGGGCGCCGCCAUGUUGAAUAACUUAAUAUUCAUUAGCUAAUAAGGUGAGUAAAUAGUUUAUUUUUAAUUUGGAAGUUUUGAUUAAUUCAGAUGCAGGUAGUUGCUUGAUAUUAUACCACGGAAAAUACUUAUUUAAUAUCUGAUGCUUCUUUAUCUACAGUUUUCCACAAAAUUGUGGGGGAAAUCACUGCGCUGAUGGCGCCCAUCGAUACCGAUGCCUUGCCUCAGUGCCGUGGGAUCACGUAGAAAGGCGCGUGAUCUCGAAUGGAUCCAAAGUUCACAUCUCUGACAGGAUGGCUGCAAACACCGGAUCCCUAGCUGGCAAGACUUUGUUCAUUACGGGGGCAAGUCGGGGAAUUGGGAAAGCCAUUGCGCUGAAGGCUGCCAAAGACGGGGCUAACAUAGUGAUAGCAGCCAAAACUGCAGAGCCACACCCCAAACUACCGGGCACCAUCUACACAGCUGCCAAAGAAAUUGAGGAUGCUGGAGGAAAAGCCUACCCAUGUGUGGUGGACAUCAGAUAUGAAGAUCAGGUGAGAAAGGCCGUUGAUGAGGCGGUGCAGAAGUUUGGAGGGAUCGACAUCCUGGUAAACAAUGCCAGCGCCAUCAGUCUGACAGGGACCGCAGAGACACCGAUGAAGAGAUACGACCUCAUGAUGGGAAUUAAUGGAAGAGGGACAUACCUGUGUUCCCAGGCGUGUUUACCUUACCUGAAAAAGGGAAGUAACCCACACAUCCUCAACCUUAGUCCUCCGUUAAACAUGAAGGCCAAGUGGUUCCAGAACCACGUGGCCUACACUAUGGCCAAAUACGGGAUGUCUAUGUGUGUUUUGGGAAUGUCAGAAGAGUUCAGACCAUACAAGAUAGGCGUCAACGCUUUGUGGCCUCGAACAACUAUAUUUACGGCUGCCAUGGAGAUGCUGGCUGGCGGGAAAGGUAUCAAGAAUCAGUGUAGAACUGUUGACAUCAUCAGUGAUGCGGCCUACAUUAUGUUGUCGAAAGAAAGCUCCACCUACACGGGAAAUUUUGCCAUUGAUGAUGAAGUUCUAAAAUCUGCAGGAAUCACAGACUUAGAGCAAUAUUCGUGUGUCCCAGGCUCCACGUUGAUGCUGGACUUUUUCCUGGAUGAAGACCCAAAUGCAGUACAUCUGCCUGGAUCUCAGGGCUCUGGGGAAGGGGUCAGCAAGACGCUGGACAUGAUGAAAGCCCUGCUUAACGAGGAACUGGUCAAAUCUGUGGAUGGUGUCUUCGUGUUUGAUUUGAAAGGUUCAGAGCCUGGAACGUGGUAUUUGGAUCUGAAGAAUGGUUCUGGUAAUCUGGGAGAUGGGGGCGCCCCCAGUGGCGAUGCUGGUUGUACCAUGAUCAUGAACAGUGAAGACUUUGUCAGGAUGUUCAAAGGAGAUCUCAAGCCAACUAACGCAUUCAUGUCAGGCAAAUUGAAAAUCAAAGGUGAUAUGGGGCUGGCAAUGCGACUAGAAAAGCUUAUGGGAAAGAUGCGACCCAAGUUGUGACAUUUCUCGGACUGAUUUUGACUUGUAGACUUCACAGAAGAUAUAAAAAAAAAUGGUUCAAUACCAUAUAAUACCCUUGUAAGGAUUACGUCAGGAAUAGAAUAAAAAAUGUCUUAAUUUGUCUUCUGAACAAAAAUGAGCCAGUUUGCAGUGGUGAGGACUCAUUAUUUGUGUAUCAUGAUGAAUUAAAAAAAAAAAUUGUCAUAUUUACACAUGGAUAGUCCAGGUAUUAAUGUGCUAAUUAUUUUACAACUUAAGUAAUGGGAUAUAUAUAAAGGUAUCAUUUCAAC